AUGAUUCGACGAAGUCCGCGAUUUUGGUUUCUCAACUGCUGCAUUUCGCCACAAUCAGAAAUAGCUCGAAUAAGGAUAGAUCGUUCAAUGAUUGGCGGUCCAACGGAUUUCCGGCAUAUUGGACAUAUGGGUGCAAAUGAUAUCAAUGCUACAUUCAAUGUCGAUGAAGUAAGUUGUUUGCUGAGGUCAAAAGGUGAUGACUCUUAUUCAUUGCCGGUGCCACAACAUCUUCGGGCAAAUGAUGUACCUAUUAGAGUUUUCAUUUAUAUGUUUUUGAGCAACUUUCAUGAUCUUGCCCAGAAAGAUUUUACCUUUUGGCCUGAUCUGUUUGCUUCGCUUAUACCGUUACUGUAA